AAGUUAACCCACUCUUACAAAUUAAGUCAUCUCCAAACUUCACAUCCCAUCCUCCCAAAAAAGACAGAGAAAGAGAAGGGACUGAUAGAGGAAGAGUGAUAUGGAGAUUGAAUUGGUGAAGUGUGAGUGCUGCGGGCUGAAGGAAGAGUGCACCCAAGACUACAUUAGUGAGGUGAAGGCCAAGUUUGAUGGCAAAUGGCUCUGUGGGCUCUGCUCAGAGGCUGUCAGGGAUGAAGUCAGCAGCGGGAAGAAGCCAUUUGGGUCAGUCGAAGAGGCUGUCAAGGCUCAUAUGUCCUUCUGCAGGAAGUACAAGUCAAACCCUGCUUUCCGGGUUGCCGACGGCAUGAGGCAGAUGCUCCGGAGGCGAUCCGGCGAUCUAUCCUCCUCUUCCUCCUCGUCCCCGACCUCAAAGAAGUACUCUAGGUCCUCCAGCUCGUCCCAAGUGGGCAACGCAUCUUCCCUUUCACUCUACUGAACCCCGUCACCGAGUUAUCUACGUCUCGUCCAGACCUUAUGCCAGUGGACUGGCAGGAUACCGGGACAUGCUAAUCCGACAAUGGCGACCGAUGGUUGUGAAUAAUGAAACUGGGGAUCUAGUCGAGAUCUUUCUUUUUGCGAGGGUACUGAUCGAAGAUGCUAAUUUGUGUAGCCUCUAAUGGGAUGGAUUGAGGAAGAGUUUGGUUUGGGUUUUUUCUUGUACAGAGGGAAUGUUAAGUUCAAACAAUCAAUGGAUGCUGCAAAAGGAAUUUCAUAAGGCUUUGCUUUAAAUCUUUCUUCCCAAUUCUA